AUGCCGAAGAAUCACCGAAAGGCUGCUCCCGUUCGUUGGGGAUCAGGCAAUAUCAGUCACAUAGUUUUGGCUUUAAGCAGAGGCGUUGGCAGAUGCAUCAGCGGAGGCGCUAGCAUUACCAGAGGCGUCAGCCGACGCAUUGGCAUUAGCAGAAGCAUUGGCGGAAGCAUUGGCGGAAGCAUUGGCGGAAGCAUUGGCGGAGGCUUGAGCUUCGGCAGAAGCCUGAGCCGAAGCCGAACCGCUAAGAGAGCCGCUUGCACCGCCAGUGGUACCAGUAGGACCGGGGAGAGCGAAGCUGAUGCUGGUGCUCCAGCUAGUUUCCUGGGGAGAAGUGCCAGUGCCGGAUCCAGCGCCUACGCCGCCAGAGACACUUGUGCCAGACGAACCAGAUCCGGAACCGCUAACACCAGCGGAGCCGCUGCCAGAAACGCCAGCCCCAGAAGAACCCGAGUCGGAAGAAUCGGAGGGUGCGGUGCUAGACUCGGGGAUGUUGCGCCAGUAGAACUCGCGCCGGAGGAACCGGAGCCAGAAGCUUCACCAGAGGCACCGCCGCUAGCAGAUCCAGAUCCAGAUCCAGAGACAUCGCCAGAGGCACCACCAGAAGCGCUACCAGAGCCACCAAGGCCGGCGGAACCGGAAGUGCUAGCACCAAGGGAACCAGUUCCAGAAGCACCGCCGGAGGCACUUCCAGACCCGCCAAUUGCAGAGACAUCAGAGGCGCCAGCGCCUUGA